AUGUCGCUCUUCCUCUGUGCCACCGCCGUGAGCGGCUACACCCUCGGCGCCGGCGGCGCACUACAGGGCCGCGUUGCCACGCAGAGCCGCUUCUCGGAGGCCUCGCGCGUCGCUGCGGAGCCGCUGAUGGGCAUGUCCGUCGACCUGACCGGAAAGACGGCGUUUGUUGCUGGCGUGGCUGACUCCACCGGCUACGGAUGGGCCAUCUGCAAGGCGCUCGCCAACGCCGGCUGCAAGAUCACCGUCGGCACCUGGCCGCCCGUGCUCGGCAUCUUCCAAAAGUCGCUCGCCUCGGGCAAGUUUGACGAGGCCGCCGACAUGAUUCUGGACGACGGCUCCAAGAUGGUGAUUGAGAAGAUCUACCCUCUCGACGCUGUCUUCGACACCAAGGCGGACGUGCCCGAGGACGUCCUCUCCAACAAGCGGUACGCUGGCCUCGACGGCUUCUCCAUCGAGGAGACUGCCGAGGCUGUCAAGGCCGACUACGGCAAGAUCGACAUCCUGGUCCACUCCCUCGCCAACGGGCCCGAGGUGCAGAAGCCGCUGCUGGAGACGUCGCGCGCGGGCUACCUCGCCGCCGCCUCCGCCUCCUCGUACUCGCUCGUCUCGCUCGUGUCGAAGUUUGGGCCGAUCAUGAAUGAGGGCGGCUCGGUCCUCUCGCUCACGUACAUCGCUUCGGAGAAGGUGAUCCCGGGGUACGGCGGAGGCAUGUCCUCUGCCAAGGCGGCGCUCGAGAGCGACACGCGCGUGCUCGCGUGGGAGGCGGGCCGCAAGUACAACAUCGCCGUCAACACCAUCUCCGCCGGCCCGCUCAAGUCGCGCGCCGCUUCCGCCAUCUCCAAGAGCGACAAGAAGUCCUUCAUCGAGGUCGGCAUCGACUAUUGCAAGGCGAACGCGCCGCUCGCCAAGGACCUCUACUCGGACGACGUCGGCCAGACCGCGUGCUGCCUGCUCUCCCCGCUCUUCGGCGCCGUGACGGGCGUCACGCUCUACGUCGACAACGGCAUGCACGCGAUGGGCAUGAUUCAGGACAAGGCAGUCGCCCAGUGCCAGGACUGAGGGGCGCCGGCGGGGCGAGGCUUGACGAGAGGGCGCCGGCUCUCGGAGGGUGCAUGC